AUGGACUGCCAUGACGCCAUGGACUGCCAUGACGCCAUGGACUGCCAUGACGCCAUGGACUGCCAUGACGCCAUGGACUGCCAUGACGCCAUGGACUGCCAUGACGCCAUGGACUGCCAUGACGCCAUGGACUGCCAUGACGCCAUGGACUGCCAUGACGCCAUGGACUGCCAUGACGCCAUGGACUGCCAUGACGCCAUGGACUGCCAUGACGCCAUGGACUGCCAUGACGCCAUGGACUGCCAUGACGCCAUGGACCAACGCCAUGAGACAAGCUCAUAUCGCCACCACUCCUGCACGGACAGUUUAAUGCGCAGCGAGCGAGAUACGCCAUCGUGA